ACAGAAAAAAAACAGCACCUCCGUUUUUUCCUCCUUACAAAACCCUCUGUUCAAAACCAACACACAAACAAAUUUCUCUGUUUUUUUCUUUUCUUUUUCCUUCUUCUUCUCUCCUCAUCAGAAAAAAAAAACCCACGCCAUGAAAGAAAAAGGAAAAAGAAACCCAUUUCUCAAAAACCUAAUUCCUCCAUUCUCAAUCACCAUCUUCCUGUUCUUCUUCUUCACAAUCUUUUGCUUCUCAUUGGGUCUUUCUGCAGAUGCAGAUGUGAUUCAAAAACUUGCAGAAGCCAUUAAACCAAGACCAUCAGGAUGGUCAGGACCAGACCCAUGUGAAUGGCCUGGUAUUAAGUGUAAUGGUGGUAAUGUUCAAAUAAUUGAUUUAUCUCAAAAACUAUUAUCUGGGUCAUUAGAAAAGGUUGAUUUCAAUCAGCUUACUCAGUUACAAACCCUUACUUUACAAAACAAUCGAUUUUCAGGUCCAAUACCUAGUUUUUCUGAUCUUGCAUUUCUUAAAGAACUCUUCUUAGAUACCAAUAAUUUCACUUCUGUACCACCAAAGGUCUUUUCUGGGUUAACAAGUUUACAAGUUAUAAGUGUGAGCGAAAAUUCUGAUUUAGAACCAUGGAGUUUACCUGAAGAUCUGACACAAUCAACAAAUUUGGUUACAAUUUAUGCAAGUAAUUGUCAUCUAAAGGGUUCUAUACCUGAUUUUAUUGCUGGGUUUGUGAGUUUACAGGAUCUAAGGCUUUCUUACAAUGAUCUUACAGGAGUACUUCCAGGGAAUUUGGCUACAUCUUCAUUGAAGAAUUUCUCUGUCAAUAAUCAGGUAACCGGUGGUUUGUCUGGUACUCUUGAAGUUCUUGGAAAAAUGACAGAUUUAGUUCAAGUUUGGGUUAAUAAGAAUAAGUUUACAGGUGCAAUUCCUGACUUGUCGAAUUGUACUAAUCUUUAUGAUUUAAACCUGAGGGAUAAUCAAUUAACUGGUGUUGUUCCACGUUCAUUGACGGAACUUCCUUCAUUGAGGAAAGUUGCUUUAUCUAAUAAUAAGUUAAUGGGAGAGUUUCCGACUUUCAAAGCUGGAACUGAUGUAACUAUCAAAGGGCAGAAUAGUUUUUGUAAAGAGGAACCAGGUCCAUGUGAUCCUCAAGUGACUACAUUGUUAAAGAUUGCUGAAGCAUUAGGGUGGCCAGCUACUUUAGCUGAUAAAUGGCAAGGCAAUGAUGCUUGCCAAGAUUGGCCUUUUAUUACUUGUGAUAAUCAAAAGAAGAAUGUUACUGUUGUUAAUCUUGCCAAGAAACAUUUUGCGGGUACGAUUUCACCAGCGUUUGCGGAACUUGGUUCGUUGAAGAGUUUGUUCUUGAAUGAUAAUAAUCUUACAGGUUCAAUUCCUGAUGGUUUGUUGAACUUGACUCAGCUUCAAACUGUUGAUGUUAGUAACAAUGAUCUCUCAGGAUUAGUUCCUGCAUAUCCCUCAGAAAAAGUUAAACUGAAGUUCGACGGUAAUCCAAAUUGGGGUAAAGUGAUAGCUCCUAGUGGUUCUCCUCCCAGUGGUGAUCCGUCGUCUCCUGAUGGUCAACCUGGAGCACAUAAGAAUGCUUCUGUAUCAGCAGGUAUGAUAGCCGGUGUUGUAAUUGCUGUAAUUGUUUUUCUGGCUGUCGCAUUGUUAGUUGGUUAUAAAUAUUUCAAGAGAAAGCACCACGUGGAAUUUGGGAGGGUUCAAAGUCCUCCUAGAAAUGGGAAAGAAAUUGCAAGGGGUACUGGAACUGCGGGCAGUAGUAGUAGGAAUGGCUAUGGUGGUGUUGCCACUGAAUUGACCAGUCAGAGCAGCGGCGACAACAACAGUGAAGCUCAGUACUUUGAAGGGGGUAACGUCACGAUUUCUAUUGAGGUUCUUCGACAAGUUACUGACAAUUUCAGUGAGAAGAACAUAUUGGGCAGGGGAGGAUUUGGAAUAGUGUAUAAAGGAGAACUUCACGAUGGCACUCAAAUAGCAGUGAAGAGAAUGGAAUCGAAUUUAAUGGGUACAAAGGGAUUAAAUGAAUUUCAAGCAGAAAUUGCAGUUCUAACCAAGGUUAGACAUAGGCAUUUGGUGGCCUUAUUGGGAUUCUGUGUUAAUGGGCACGAGAGGCUUUUGGUGUACGAGUACAUGCCACAGGGGACUUUGAGCCAUCAUUUGUUUGAGUGGAGUCAAAGUGGAGGCAAUCCUCUUACAUGGAAACAAAGGGUUUCAAUAGCAUUGGAUGUAGCCCGAGGAGUUGAGUAUUUGCACAGUCUAGCCCAGCAGAGUUUCAUUCACAGAGAUUUAAAGCCUACAAAUAUUCUUCUUGGGGAUGAUAUGAGAGCCAAGGUUGCAGAUUUCGGUCUUGUAAAAAAUGCACCUGACGGGAAGUAUUCACUUGAGACACGAUUAGCAGGAACAUUCGGAUAUCUUGCACCAGAAUAUGCUGCUACUGGCAGGGUGACAAGAAAGGUGGAUGUGUAUGCAUAUGGAGUUGUAUUAAUGGAAAUACUCACUGGUAGAAAAGCUCUGGAUGAGAACUUGCCAGACGAACAAUCUCAUCUCGUAACAUGGUUCCGUAGAGUCCUCAUCAACAAAGAUAGUGUCAGAAAGCAUAUUGACCCCACACUUGACCCAGAUGAUGAAACUUACGGGAACAUUUUGACAGUGGCUGAACUUGCUGGCCAUUGCACGGCUCGUGAUCCUUCUCAGAGACCUGAAAUGGGACAUGCAGUUAAUGUACUGGGUCCUCUAGUAGAACAGUGGAAACCUACUCGAGAUGAAGAAGAAGAUGCAUACGGAAUUGAUCUCCAUAUGAGCCUCCCUCAAGCUUUAAUGAGAUGGCAGUCAGAUGAAGGAACUUCGACGAUGGCUACUGGUCAUUAUUCUCAUACGCGCACUUCUAGUCUAGGAGACAGUCAAUCAAGUAUACCCACCAAGCCAUCCGGAUUUGCUGACACGUUUAAUUCAAUGGAUUGCAGAUAAGAAAAAAACGGUUUCAAACUGAUUAACCUCGGGUUUAGUCAGCAAAGAAAGUCAGUUUUUUUGUAUUUUUUCAGUUUUAAUUUUACUUCCACGUUAUAGAUCAUUCUUCUUCUUCUUUUUAGUUUGUUCUUUAAAGUGUCUUGAAAUCCUUCAAGAAAAGAGUCAUUUUUUCUUGGUUUGGAUUCUGUUAUGUAAAGCAAGCUAACAGGUUGUUCUUAGUUUUGGUGGCUAUUUGAUGAGAAAGUGAACAUUUGAGCGUGGGUGAUUUUUAAUGCAGAAAACUAAAGAGAAGAAAUAGAAAGACAAUUUGUAAGAUAAUCUUUGUUAAUUACUGAAUGCUAAACCAUUUUUAUGAUUGCCUAGUA